AAAUGAAUUUUAAUAAAUAAAAAUAAUAUUUUUUGUACAAAAUGAGUAGUAAAAAUUUAAAAGAAGCAUUCGCUAUAAAAUCAAAACAUGCUGCUUUUUACACUGGAGGAAGUGUUGAGUGGAGCAAAGAUGGAGAACAUCUAUUUUGCCAGAAUAAUGGAACAUUGUCCGUGCUCUCAAUAAGUAAAGGAGUAGUUGUACAUACACUAGGAAGCUCCGAAGAUGAAGAUGUCGAUGUUAUCAAUACUUUUUGUAUCAGUAAUGAUGGCAGUCAAGUUAUAACUUCUCACAAGAGCAGUCUUUUUAAGCUAUGGACAUGGGAAGAUGAAAAACUUGUCAAACAGUGGAAAUCAAUCCAUCAAGGCCCAGUACCUUUGAUACGAUUUUUUGAUAAUGAUAUUAUGGUUUCUGGUGGAAGCGAUUCGAGCGUAAGAUUAUGGAAUUUACAACAUCAUUCUUGUACUCACAAUCUAAAAGGAGUUCAAGGAGUAGUUAGUGUACUAGAAUGUCAUCCGGAUCCAGAAAGAAAAUUACUUUUUGCAGCUGGAGACGAUACUAAAAUAUAUGGAUGGGAUAUUUCAACAGGACAAUUAAAAUCUACAUUGAUUGGUCAUUUUAGUAAAGUUACAUCAAUAUCUUUCCAUAGAAAUGGUGAUAAUUUAGUAAGCUCGGGACGUGACAAGGUAUUAAUUCUUUGGGAUAUAGUAGAAGGAGUUUCAAUUAGAGUACUUCCUGUUUAUGAAGGAAUAGAAGGAGCUUUUAUCAUACCUUCUGGCGUGAAAUUACCUAUCGAUACUGAGGAAGAUCUAGACAACAAAAUUUACGUUGCAAGCGCUGGUGAAAAGGGUGUCGUUAAAAUUUGGGAAAUGAAAUCAGGCCGUGAAGUCUAUUGCCAACAAAAUUCUCUAGUAUCUGCAGCUAAAGAAGACGGCGGUCUUUCAAUUACACAUUUAUUGCUCAACGAACACCUAGAGUGUAGUUUUGCAGUAGUUUCAACGGAUCAUCACAUAAUUAUCCAUUCGUUAAAAAGUUUUGUUCCCACAAAACAAUUCGUAGGAUACAGCGAUGAAAUUCUUGACAUUGUGUUUCUAGGAGAAAAUGAUAGUCAUAUUGCAGUAGCUACUAAUAGCUUUGAUAUAAAAUUAUAUGAACUGCUAACGAUGAAUUGCCAAUUAUUAUGUGGUCAUACUGAUUUAGUACUUGCACUUGCUACCACUCCGGCUAAUCGUUAUCUGAUGGUAUCAUCAGCCAAGGAUAAUAGUGUCCGUAUUUGGUACAUGUGCAGAGAAAGUAAUUUGAUGUUUUGCAUCGGUCACAGCGAACGUCAUACCGCUUCAGUUGGCUCAGUUGCUCUUUCACAAUCAUCUGCUAGCUUUUUUGCAUCAGUAAGUCAGGAUACGUGUUUAAAAUUGUGGGCUCUUCCCAAAAAAAUGCUUCCAACAGAUAAAAAUAUUGAAUUGGAAGUCAAUCAUACUGUUAUUGGACAUCAAAAAGAUGUAAACUGCGUUGUAAUAUCUCCUAAUGAUAAAAUUAUAGCUACUGGGUCACAAGAUAAAACAGCUAAGCUAUGGAGUGCUGAUAAUUUACAACUGAUUGGAGUUCUUCGUGGUCACCGUCGAGGUAUUUGGUGUGUGAGAUUCUCACCAAUUGAUCAAGUACUUUUAACAACAUCCGCUGACUGUACUAUUAAAUUAUGGUCGAUUUCAGAGUUGAAUUGUUUGAAGACUUUCGAAGGUCACGAAUGUUCGGUUUUGAGAGCUGAAUUUAUUACUCGUGGAAUGCAAUUAAUUACAUCUGGCGCCGAUGGAUUGUUAAAGUUAUGGAUUGUUAAAACUUCUGAGGCAAUAAGUACACUAGAAGCGCAUGACAACAGAGUCUGGGCACUUGCUGUAAGUCAUGAUGAAAAUCAAAUUAUUAGUGGAGGCAGUGAUUCACAAAUAGUUGUAUGGCAAGAUGUGACCGUAGAAAAUCGUGAAAAAGCAAAUGCAGAAAAAGAACAGCGAAUUCUUGAAGAGCAAAAAUUAGCAAAUCUUCUUAAAGCUGAUAAAUUCGUAGCAGCACUGAAACUCUCAUUAAAAUUAGAAAAACCAUUGCAAGCUUUGCGUAUUAUUGAAGGCAUAAUGAGAAACAAUGGUAGUGAAAGAUUGGAAGAGGCAAUAAGUGAAUUGAAGCCGCAUUACAAAGAAUCUUUACUCAAGUGUGUUUCUACCUGGAAUACUAAUGGCCGCAACGCUCAAACAGCCCAGGUGGUCAUUAACAUACUGAUGAAUGAUAUUGGGAGUGGCGCCUUAGACUUGUCUUCUUUAUCGUCAUACUUAGAAGCAUUCAUUCCGUAUACUGACAGACAUUACAAAAGACUCACGCGCUUGUUUCAAGAUCUUCAUUUACUCAAUUACACAUUAUCUCGUAUAAAGCCACACAAUGAACCUAAAAAAGUCAAUGAGUUUAAUGAAUGAUAUUUUUUUAUUAUUGCAGAUGUAAAUAAAUUCA